AUGAUUGAAAGGGUAACGAUAUUUUUGGUCUGGUUGGCAGUUGCCAGAGCUGGUGCCAUUGGGUCUUACUUUAAACCUGAAGCCACACCACCAUCUGCUUACCCUGCUAUCAGUAACCCACCAAAUUACAAAGCGAAUGCAGAACCAGCUCCGAUAUAUGAAAAAGAUGCAUCGCCUCAAGAAUCACAAGUCAACUUUGUAGAUAAGCAACGAUUUUCGUUUGAUUCAAUAUAUCCAGAUUCAGUUGGUGCUCCACUUGCAUACAAUGAAUUAUAUUCUGCAUCAAAUUCACCAACCACUAAAACAAAUUCUGGUCCUGUUACCUAUACUACACACACUCACAGUACUCCAUUUGAACUUCAAGAAAGACCGUACUCAGCACCAGAUAUUCCAAAAUCAUCUGGGGUGACAUAUAAUUCUUAUAAUCCGAUACAAAAUGUAGCAAUUAAAACUAGUCUAGCUUAUGCCGAAGCUCCUUCGGUUUCUCACAUGACAUUCACAGGGCUCGGUACGACAUACACAUGGUAA